AUGUAUUGUGCAGAAAAAUAUCAUCAUACUAAUUGGAUUCAGGGUUGUAAUGACUGGAGACAUAUUACAACAAGACUUACCGAGCAUGAGCAGUCCCAGUGCCAUAAACUUGCUAGCGAAGCCUAUAUGAUCAGUAUUAAAGGCAAAUCGAUCAAGCACAAACUUUCCGUUGACCAGCUUUCUAUGAGGCACAACCAGGUACUUCAGCGCCGUACUGUUCUAAGCAACAUCAUUGAUGGUUUUUUUAUUGGAAUCCAAGCAUUGCCAUACAGAAGCAGCCAUUCAGAAUCUGUAGCUGAUGUCUUUGAUGAUGACCGUCUUGAAAAUUGA